AUGGGAAAAUUUUGGUCUUCGACAUCUUCUUUUUGGAAGGCAUAUGUUUGUGUGGUUCUUAUAGCAGGAGUUGUUUCAUUACCAGAAAACAUCAAAGUUGGUGGUCUUUUCGAAUCCGGAGACGAGAUCUUGGAGAUAGCUUUCAAGUAUGCGGUGGAGCGGGUCAACACAGAUCCGCGGCUUCUGCCCAACUCGAAGCUCACUCCACAGCUGGAAAAGGUGGAACGGCACGACAGCUUCCAAGCGGCUAGGAAAGUGUGCGAUCUCCUUAGCGAGGGCAUGGCCGCCAUGUUUGGCCCCCAGUCGAGCGAGGGCAGCGCCGCCGUGCAGUCGACGUGCGACGUGCUGGAGGUGCCGCACAUCGAAUCUCGCUGGGACUACCGCACCAAGAGGGACAACCACUCCAUCAACUUUUUCCCGCACCCUACCGCCCUGGGCAGGGCCUACCUCGAUUUCGUCAAGGCCAAAGAGUGGAAGAAGUUCGCCAUAGUCUACGAGGAGAGCGAUGCUCUGAUACGGUUGCAAGAACUUUUGAAAGAUCCCUUUAUCCGGCAACGGCAGGUGGUUGUUCGUCAGUUUCAGCCUCAUCUGGAAUAUCGAAAAUUAUUGAAAGAACUUGGGAGAGCAGGGAUCAAAAAUAUAGUCAUCGACGUACCGACGAAAAACGUUCAGACGGUUCUUAAACACGCUCAACAAGUGGAUAUGAUGUCAGAAUAUCACAACUACUUCAUUACCUCUUUGGAUCUUCACACCGUGGAUUUGGAAGAUUUCCAGUAUGGUGGUACCAACAUCACUGGCUACAAGCUGGUGGACGAAGAGAAUUCUGCCUACGUCGACGUCCUGGAGAGUUGGAGGAACCCCAUUCUGAGGGCAACCGGAAAAGAGCCGACGCUUACGACUGAGGCAGCCUUGAUCUACGAUGCAACGCAGCUCUUCUCCAGGGCCCUCACUGACCUGGACCGAGGCCAAAAGAUCCAUAUCAAGUCCCUGUCUUGUGAUACCGAAGAACCUUGGCCGCACGGAAUCUCUCUCAUCAACUAUAUGAGAAUGUUGAACUUGAAUGGACUUACUGGAGAUAUCAAAUUUGAUCACCAUGGCUUCAGAUCUGAUUUCAAGCUGAAGGUUCUGGAAUUAACACACGAUGGACUUCGAGAAGCUGGAGAGUGGAACAUUCACACAGGCCUUAACUUGACCACCAAUUAUUCAAGAGCUGCGGAGGAAAUAAUCCAAUCUCUGAAGAACAAAACACUCAUCGCAACUACUGUACUAAACGCACCGUACACGAUGUUGAAAGAGAACCACGCGGAGCUGUUGGGCAACGACAAGUACGAGGGCUACUGCAUCGACUUGUUGAAAGAAAUAUCCAAGAUCCUCGGCUUCCGCUUUCAGAUCAAACAAGUGGAUGAUCACAAGUACGGUGAGAAAAACGAUCAAGGCGACUGGAACGGAAUGAUCAAGGAGCUCAUUGAUGGGCGGGCUGAUAUCGCCAUCGCCGACCUCACGAUCACGUUCGAGCGUGAGCAGGCCGUCGAUUUCACGAUGCCCUUCAUGAACCUUGGCAUCAGUAUCCUCUUCCGCAAGCCCGUCAAGAAGGUACCGAAGCUUUUCUCGUUCCUGUCGCCUCUCUCGCUCGAGGUGUGGGUGUACAUGGCGACCGCCUUCCUCGGCGUCAGCCUCUUCCUCUUCAUCGUGGCCCGGUUCAGCCCCUACGAGUGGACCAACCCGCACCCCUGCAACCCGAACCCGGAGGUGCUCGAGAACCAGUUCACGCUGCUCAACACGCUCUGGUUCACGGUCGGAUGCCUCAUGCAGCAGGGAUGUGAACUCACGCCCAGAGCUCUGUCGACACGUGUCGUAGCAUGCAUCUGGUGGUUUUUCACUCUAAUAAUGGUUUCAUCAUACACCGCCAACUUGGCUGCAUUUCUAACCGUAGAGCGCCUCGUUUCCCCCAUUGAAGGAGCCGAAGAUCUCGCCAAACAGUCACACAUACAAUACGGAUGCGUUGAUUCUGGUUCGACACAGGCUUUCUUCAAAGAGUCUAGCAUCCCGACGUAUAAGAGGAUGUGGGCCUUCAUGCAGAGUGCUCGCCCGAGCGUCUUCACCGAAUCCAACAGCAAAGGCGUGGAGCGAGUCAAGAAGGAGAACUACGCCUUCCUCAUGGAAUCCACCUCCAUCGAGUACAUCGUCGAGAGGGAGUGCGGACUCACGCAGAUCGGAGGCUUGCUCGACAACAAAGGCUACGGGGUGGCCACCCCUUCAGGGUCGCCGUAUCGGACUCCGCUGUCGAGCGCCAUUCUGAAGCUGCAAGAGAGCGGCACCCUGCACGUCCUGAAGGAGCGCUGGUGGAAGCAGCGCGGAGGGGGCGGACUGUGCAGCAAAGACGACACUGGAACGGGAGGAUCUGCCUCCGCUCUAAGCCUCGCCAACGUGGGCGGGGUCUUUGUAGUGCUGGGGGCGGGGCUAGUGGCGGCUUGCCUUGUCGCCGCCGUCGAGUUCAUCUGGAAGGCCAGGAAACUCGACAGCGAGGAAAGGGAACCCCUGUGCGUGCUGUUCUGUCGUGAGCUGCGUUUUGCCAUCUUCUGUGGAGGGUCGACGAAGCCCCUGCAACCGAAAAGGAGUGGAGGGGCAGACGACCGGCAAGGCCCAGAGAACGGGCUGCCCUUCAUGCCCCUGACGGGCUUCAGCAACGUCACCACCAAGGAGACCUUCUCUUGACACGAAGAGACUGGGGGAGGAAUUCCCCUUGAGCCCACUGCAGAUGAACAAGUUAGCUACUAUCGUUAUGCUCAGUACGAUGUGUCUGACAUCUAAUAGAAUGACCACAGAAGCACAUUUUCAGCACUUCUCACUCAGCACCACAACCAGUGUUGGAACAGCUCUACUCCACUCGACCACAGCAGAACCUGUUCUGCCUCGCCAUAAGAGUCUUCAAUGCAAAACGGACCACAGCAACUGUUACUUUACUUAGAACUCAUUUAACUGCUUUUGGAAUUCGGACCACGAACAACAGCUGUUCUAUCACGCCAAGAUAUCGUCGAAAUAAAUUUUAGAGUGCCAUAACUCUUAUUCUACGGCGUCCUUUAGAUCUUCGAAAUAGUUGGAACAUUCCAUCCUCUCGUACUCAAGUUUAGAUGUUUUAUUCCUUUUGAUUCGUGGGUACUACGAACAGCCGUUGUUCUACAACGUAAAUUUCUUCCAUGAAGCAGAGAGACCAAUAGUUGAUCAGCCAAAUAAGUACUUUAUUUCCAUUGUCUAAAUGUUUGCUAUAUUUUUUAAUUCCUUGCAUUAGCUGUUUUGUGUAUUCAAAGCAGCAAACUAGUUGUUGGUAACGGACUGUUAAGCUUUAUAAUUGUUUAAAUGUUUACUUUGUCAUGCUUGGAUGUACGUUUACAAAUUCAUCCCCGUCCAAAAAAUAUCUUGAAGAUAAAAAAAAAUCAAGAAAAUUAAUGUUGCUUUCUGACCUAAAACAAUUAUCGUCCCAAUUUCCCUUAUUCUUAAAAUAUUACAGCCUCAAUCAAUUUUACAUUCUUCAUUGCUGGUUGAAUAUGAAAAUUUUGCUCAAUAUUGGAAA